GAAAGAUGUUGAUUAUGAGGAUGGCUUAGAGGACUGCAUGGUCAAAAUUCAUGCACCAAGUCUAGUGUCUCUCGUGUACAAGGGUAGUGUUGCAAGGGAAUACGAUUUAUCUAGCUUUCCAUUACUAGUUGAUGCAGAUAUCGACUUCGUAUCCGAAACUUUGACUGAAACGUGGGAUGCAAAGAUAAGUUACAGUGCAGGUGUAAGGGUAAAUGAGUUUCUUAGGGGCCUCACCAAUGUAAAUUGUCUAAAAAUUUCUGGUCAAGCCAUAAAGGGUCUCUCCUUUGCGGAUGAUCUCUUAAAAGAUCUGGCACCAUUUUGUAAUUUGAUCCAGUUGGAUGUGACUGGGGUUCUUGAAACUUCAGCCGAUACAGGGAUUUGUGCGUUGCUACAAUUGGCACCAAGACUUGAGUCACUCAUAUUUCGCGAGGGUUUACCAAUGGACCGAGCAAUGAAGAUGAAGGUUGGACGCUAAAGUGGGCAUCACUAGUACUGGCUGUUGAUUUCUACGCUUAAAAAGUCUGUUUGUUUUAGGGAGUAUGAUUGGAACCUGAGGGAUGAAUUAGUUCAGAGACAAUUUUGAUAAAUUUGAAAAUUCUGCAAAUGACAGUCAUUGAAUAGAUUUUGAGUAUGUGCGAUUCAAUAUUACUGUGUAAAUAGCACAAAAUAUAAUGUGUUGAAGAAAAAACAUGUACAGCAAGUUUGAGCCUCCUGUUGAAAGUAAUUUGAUAUAAAGAUAAAUGAAAUAAGCUCAAU